AUGGGACUUCCUCAAGCCAUUGAAUCCCUAAAUGAGAGGGUGAACUUUUUGAGAGAAUCAUUGCGUAAGAGCCAGACGAUUAAAGAGACAAUGGUUACCAUCAUCGGCUCAUUCGACCACCGUCUCUCCUCACUCGAAGCAGCCAUGCGCCCCACCCAGGUGCGGACGCACGCUAUUAGGAGGGCGCAAGAGAAUAUAGACAAGACAUUGAAAUCUGCGGAUGUUAUAUUGGCUCAAUUUGAUCUCAAGCGCAAGGCCGAGGCAAAGAUCCUGAGAGGUCCAUAUGAGGACCUAGAAAGCUAUUUGGAAGCAAUCUGCCAGUUGAGAAGCAUUGUUCAGUUUUUCAGCUCUUUUAAAGGAUUCAAGGGCCCUGAUGGGGUGCUUAACCAUGCCAAUACGUUGCUCUCAAAGGCCAUUGUGAAGCUUGAUGAUGAAUUUAAGCAGCUCCUAUCUACUUAUAGCAAGCCAGUGGAGCCGGACCGUCUGUUUGAUUGCCUUCCUAGUUCUUUGCGGCCAUCGGCUGGGUUACAUCCUCAGCAGGGCGAGAGAGUGAAGAAUCCUUCAUCUGCCAAUAAUUCUAAUCAAGAAGCCAAUGGCUUAGAUAUUGCCAUAUACAAACCACUGACCCUCAUUCCACCAAGGAUUUUGCCUUUGCUGCAUGACUUGGCACAACAGAUGGUUCAAGCUGGAAAACAAGACCAAUGUCUAAAGUUUUAUUGUGAAGCACGUUCUUCGGCUUUAGAAUCGAGCCUCCGGAAACUUGGAGUGGAAAGGCUCAAUAAAGAUGAUGUGCAGAAGAUGCCGUGGGAGGUUUUAGAAGCCAAAAUUGGAAACUGGAUUCACUAUAUGCGAAUUGCUGUGAAACUCCUAUUUGCUGCAGAGCGAAAAAUUUGUGAACAAAUUUUUGAUGAUAUCAAUGUCAAGAAGGAUCAGUGUUUUGCUGAAGUAACUGCAGAUAGUGUAUUAAUGCUUUUCAGCUUUGGGGAGGCUGUUGCUAAGAGCAAGAGAUCACCAGAGAAGUUGUUUGUGCUUCUAGAUAUGUAUGAAAUAAUGCGUGAGCUUCAGUCGGAGGUUGAAUUAAUAUUUGAAGGGAAAGCUUGUUCUGAGAUGCGGGAUGUGUCUCUUAAUCUUACAAAGCGCUUAGCUUUGACAGCCCAAGAAACUUUUGGUGAUUUUGAGGAGGCAGUUGAAAAAGAUGCCACUAAAACAACAGUGCUUGAUGGAACAGUUCACCCCCUAACUAGCUACGUUAUUAACUACGUGAAGUUCCUAUUUGACUAUCAGUUCACCUUGAAGCAGCUUUUUCAGGAGUUUGAAACAACUGGGACUGAUGAUAAUUCCCAACUUGCAAUCGUAACUAUGAGGAUAAUGCAAGCUCUUCAAAGCAACCUAGAUGGUAAAUCUAAGCAAUAUAGGGAUCCUGCAUUGACUUAUCUAUUCCUAAUGAAUAAUCUCCAUUACAUGGUCAGAUCUGUUCGAAGGUCAGAGGCAAAGGAUUUGUUUGGUGAUGAUUGGGUUCAAAGGCACAGAAGAAUUGUUCAGCAAAAUGCAAAACAAUACAGGCGAGUUGCUUGGGCAAAGAUUUUGCAGACCCUCACAGUUCAAAGCUUGAGUUCUAGUGGUUCAGUUCCUGGUGGAAGUGAUGUGGGCAAUAGCAGUGGAGUUUCAAGGGCAAAUGUAAAGGAGAGGUUCAAGUCCUUCAACAUGCAGUUCGAAGAGCUUCAUCAAAGGCAAUCUCAAUGGACUGUACCUGAUCCAGAACUUCGGGAGUCUCUUAGGCUUGCAGUUGCUGAAGUACUAUUGCCAGCUUACAGAUCUUUUAUAAAACGCUUUGGGCCUCUCAUAGAGAAUGGGAAGAAUCCUCAGAAAUAUAUCAGAUAUACGCCAGAGGAUCUGGAGCGAAUGCUUGCUGAAUUCUUUGAGGGAAAGACGUGGAUUGAACAGAAACGCUGACUGAUGUUCUUUCAGUCCUGACCAAACUAACGAGUUUGCUUAUUCUUCUUAUCACUGUUAUGUAUAUGU